AUGUUGAAGUAUUCUGCACAGCACGUCGCCCCCUUUCCGCUCGCCGCGGUCGGCCAGGAGGCGCCGCAGGCGAUGGCGAGGAGGAUGAGCACGAGGGCGGGCAUGAGAAGCGGCGAGCAGCUCACGAGCGAGGACGCCUUCGAGGCGACGGCGGGCGAGAAGGCCGAGGACGCAGCCGAGGCGACGCCGGAUGAGAAGGCCGAGGACGCCGAGGCGACGGCAGACGAGAAGGCCGAGGCCACCGCCGUCGGGCUAGGCACGGCGGCCGCGCAGUGGCCAAAGGCGGGCAUGCAGACGAGGAGCAGCCACCGGAAGGCGCCCUCGGCCUUCGAGGCGACCAUCAAGCCGCCCGCCGCCGAGGUGUCCGCUGCCGCGGAGGCAGUCGCCGAGGCGCCCGUCGCCGAGGAGGUCGUCGCCGAGGAGGCUGAGCCGGCCAAGACCGACACCACCUACUACCCGGGCCUGCCCACGCCGAUGGCGGCGGGGAAGAGCGGGCCCGCGUCGGCCCGCAGCGGCUCCGGACCGGGCUACGUGGACGGCGUCGAGGCUGCAGUCCGCCGGCUGGGCGAGAGCGUCAGCUACCAGGCUACGCCCGCCGACGGCAAGAAGUCGCCGUCGCCGGGAGUCCCCACCUCCGGCGGCAUUGCGCCCGUGGCGCCCAAGCCCCUUGGCGCGGUCGCGGGCGCGGGGCUGGCUGAGGCCGAGGCCGCCAAGGAGCGCGAGCACUGGGAGGGGCGGCUCAAGAAGGCGAAGGCCGCGCUCGAUCUCAUUGCCGAGCAACGGGAGAAGUGGGCGGACUUGCAGUCGCGGCGCUCGGGGAAGUGCCGGCGCAAGGCCAUGCGCUGCCGCAACAACCCCAAGUUUGGCAAGGCAAAGGGCAGGCGCAAGUCUGGCAAGGCAAAGGGCCGCGGCCGCCGCCCGAACUGGCGCCGCGAGCCGCAGACCACCCCGACGGCGGUGGCCUCGGCCUUCUCGUCUGCCGUCGCCUCGGCGUCCUCGGCCUUCUCAUCCGGCGUCGCCUCGGCUGCGUCCUCGGCCUUCUCGCCCGCCGUCGCCUCGAAGGCGUCCUCGCUCGUGAGCUGCUCGCCGCUUCUCAUGCCCGCCCUCGUGCUCAUCCUCCUCGCCAUCGCCUGCGGCGCCUCCUGGCCGACCGCGGCGAGCGGAAAGGGGGCGACGUGCUGUGCAGAAUACUUCAACAUGGCUGCUCGAAACCACUCUCUCUUCAGCAUUUUCCGGCAGCACUACAAGUAUCAACAGUAA